AAAUUUAAAAACAACUUAAGUUCCGAAAGAAAUCUUCUUUUUUUCUUCUUUCUAACACUCUUUUCUAUUGGCAGAAUUUGAAAUAUGCACCAAUGAAAUAGAGGGUACAAAUGAGAUAUUCGGCGAGUACAACAAAAUGGCCGAGUCAGGGGGAUCGUCAUUCAAGAAAAGAUCAAAAUUCCAAGGUUCUCGACGCAGAGCCAAAUCUGAAUCUGAGAGCAACAGUUCAGAUGAGGAAGGCAAUAUUGCCAUCAAGAAAUCAAAAAAGUCACAACACAAUCCUAUGGUUCAAGGGACUAAAGGAUUUCGACUGAAGCAUAAAGUAGAUUACAACGAAAGUGAAAGUAACGAUGAACGCAAAAUAUCAGUUAGCUACAAAUCAAGUAGAACUGGGAAGCGGGAGGGACCAGAUGAUAUGGGAGCCACAGCUACUGUUGAAAUUGACACAGAACGUGACAAAGAUGCCCAAGCCAUCUUUGAAAAAUCUCAGGAAAUCAGCAAGGCUUUGAAGGGAAUGGAAGAUGACAAAGUGUACAGGGGAAUAAACAACUAUGCUCCGAUCAUCGAGAAGAAGGACACGGCCCAGGGCAAUGCCUCCAGUGGCAUGGUGAGGAAGGGCCCUGUGAGGGCACCAGCACAUCUCCGAGCCACUGUGAGGUGGGACUACCAACCCGACAUCUGUAAAGAUUACAAAGAAACAGGCUUCUGUGGAUUUGGAGAUAGUUGUAAAUUUUUGCAUGACAGAAGUGACUAUAAACAUGGCUGGCAGUUAGAGAGGGAAAUGGAUGAAGGCCGCUAUGGAAAAAACGAUGAAGGGAACUAUGAAAUCAGCAGUGAUGAGGACGAGCUGCCAUUUAAAUGCUUCAUAUGCCGACAGAACUUCACCAAUCCAGUAAUGACAAAAUGUAAGCACUAUUUCUGUGAGAAGUGUGCGUUAGCUCAGUACAAGAAAUCAAAGAGGUGUUUUGUCUGCAAUGAACAAACCAUGGGAGUGUUUAACCCAGCCAAAGAGCUGAUGGCAAAGAUGAAAAAGGUCAAAGAUUCCAAAGAAUUGCAGGACUCUGAUGAGGAGGAUAGAGGGGGAGGGACCAGUGGGUCAGAGAAAGACUGAAGGGGUGGAGCGUAGGGUGAAGACUGAAGGGUGGAUCAGAGGGGAUGGGGGUUAGAAGGCAGCUGAAAAGAUAGAGCUGGAGAAGGAGAAAGACUGAGCAGUUGGGCAGUGAAUGAAUAACUGAGAGGAGAGGCAAUGGGAGGAGUUCAAGAGUAAAUGGAGCGUAACUGUGGGAAGAAGAGUGACACUUGCUAAACUGUGAAAACAUCAUGUACAUUAAUUUGGAUAAAACAGCAAUCUUGUCUGAGUAGUUUAAGCUACUCAAUAAAAUUUAUAGAUACAA